AGUUCAAUGAUUGACGAAUUCCGUUCUUCCCAAUAAUCAAGUUCAACUAGAUGUCUAGAUCAAGACGCCGUUAAUAGCUUAUUCAAACUGGUGAUUUUCAAAUCUAAUACGUUAGUACGUAUUGACUUUGAAUACAAACGAAGAAGCGAUCAACUGACGUCGUAAUUCGUUUUAUUGUGAUUAUUGACAAAAAAGAACAAUGACUCUGUUAAAAACAUUUUGGACGCCCAUUAUUGUGUAUCCAGACGUGAAAACUGGUUGUAAAUUUGUAGCAGCAUACACAAUUGCGAUAUCAAUUUUCUUGAUGGCACUUCUUGUCCAUAUGCAAAAUGGAGGUGAAUCAACACAAAUGUAUAAUCCUUUUUUUGAAGCUAAUUUACGUGAACUUAAUUAUUAUGUGGUGUACACUUUAAUAUUUUUUGCCUAUAUGGUGGGUUCAUCUCUAUUGUUGCUGAAGGGUUUAAAUAACAAUCUUCGAGGAUUCCUUUUACCAUGGCUAAUUGGUAUGGGCUUUGUUGUAAUAUUUUUACUGGUUUGGUCCAUUUGGCUGCUAUAUGGAUACUAUAUUUAUAUUCACAUAAUAUGUGCUGCUGUGAUUUAUUGGAUUGUGGCUGCUAUGCAAUUUUAUUGCUGGUUAUGUGUUUACACUCAAUACAGAGUGAUCUACGAAAUGCAAUCACCAAACAUUGAGCUUCUUAUAUUUUAAUAAGCUAUGAAUUUAUACUUUAUAGUAUAACAGCACUUAUAAUUGAAUUUUUUUUAUAUUAUUAUGACUAUUUAAAAAUAUUUUUUUUUUUGAAAUAUCUAUUAUAUUGAUAAUUUUUUUUUGCUAACUAGGAACCAUUUUGUUAAGACUGCCAUUACUAUGUAAGAAUUUUAUAGGGAACGGCAAUGAUCUAAUUUCAUAUAGAAAAAAAAUGUUUUAAGAAAUAUUACAUGAAAUUUGAUUCCAUAUGACCUUCAAAUGUUUUAAUCAAGGCUUUAAACCUGAUACCAUGAAAACACUCAGAAUGUUUACUUAGGUAUUAAUAUGUUAAGAGUGUUAGGUUGAUCUGAAGCUCAUAAUGUGCUGAGGAAAAUUAGAUAUAAUAUACCAUCUUGAAAGAUGUCUGGACAUUUUCCAAGGGGGUACAUAGUGCAAACUAUAGACAUAAAGAUCUUUAUUUGAAAUAUUACAUAAAUAGUAAAUACAUAAGAAUAUUGUGUUCAAAUUAUACCAAAGAAAUGAUGAUUCAUCUUUUUUGACAGUCUGGUUUUAAAAAACAGAUAAUUAUAAUAAUACCUUUACUCAUUUGCAAUCUUAUAAAAUAUGAAUGUAUAAACCUCAUUUGAUUGUUGUCGUCCCCUUUAACUAAUUUCAUCAUAUUUGUUCAAUAUUGUAAUCCGUCCAUUUUUUUUUAAAUUUAAAUAAU